AUGGCGGACGCUACUGAAUCCACCACCACUUCCACCGCCGAGGGCAAACAACCGGCGGUGGCGGAGCCUAAAAGAUUAUGGGGCGACGAAGUAGAUGACGAAGAGGAGCAACCGUGCGCAUCCGAGGAAAAGGCUGUCUCGGAGCUAAAUGUUGACGCACUAGCCAUCGACGAGAACAAGAAAGUAAACAAGUUCCUUGACGAUCCUGAAGACUCCAGAAUACAAGCCGUUACAACGGGGGAUACACCGUACACAUCGGCAACCACGUUUGAAGAUUUGAACCUGUCGCCAGAGCUCCUCAAAGGGUUGUAUGUGGAGAUGAAAUUCCAGAAGCCUAGUAAGAUUCAAGCUAUUAGUCUUCCAAUGAUUCUGACUCCUCCAUUCAAAGAUUUGAUAGCUCAGGCACAUAAUGGUUCUGGUAAGACCACUUGUUUUGUGCUUGGCAUGCUGAGUCGUGUUGAUCCAAAACAGCAAAGGCCCCAAGCCCUCUGCAUUUGCCCUACAAGAGAGUUAUCAAUUCAGAAUAUUGAAGUUCUUCGGAAGAUGGGAAAGUACACUGGAAUAAGUUCAGAAUGUGCGGUGCCCAUAGAAAGCGGAAAUAAUGACAGAUCUAGAUCCCGGCCACCAAUAUCUGCACAAGUAGUGAUUGGGACUCCUGGUACGAUAAAGAGAUUGAUGUCACAAAGGAAAUUGGGUGUUACUGAUAUCAAGGUUCUUGUUUUUGAUGAAGCUGAUCACAUGCUGGCCAAGGAUGGCUUUCAAGAUGAUUCCUUGAGGAUAAUGAAAGACAUUCAAAGAUUCAAUUCUCAUUGCCAGGUUCUUCUGUUUUCUGCCACUUUUGAUGAGACUGUUAAGAACUUUGUGCCAAAGGUUGUGAAAGAUUACAAUCAACUUUUUGUAAAGAAAGAAGAACUGUCAUUAGAAUCAUUGAAGCAGUAUAAGGUGAAUCUUCCUGAUGAACUUGCCAAGAUUGAAGUAGUAAAAGACAGGAUUCUUGAGCUAGGAGAGAAUAUUGGCCAGAUCAUUAUCUUUGUCAACACAAAGCACAGUGCCAACAUGCUGCACAAGUCCCUUGUGAAUUUUGGCUAUGAAGUCACUACCAUUCACGGUGCACUUAAUCUUGAAGACCGAGAUAAAAUAGUCAAAGAAUUCAAGGAUGGAUUGACUCAAGUUCUCAUAUCAACCGAUGUUCUUGCCCGAGGUUUUGACCAACAGCAGGUUAAUUUGGUAAUAAAUUAUGAUCUCCCAGUGAAGUUUGAAAAUCGAUCGGAGCCUCAUUAUGAGGUCUACUUGCACAGGAUUGGUAGGGCUGGGCGUUUUGGCCGCAAAGGGGCUGUGUUUAAUUUCAUAAUGACCAACGAUGAUUUAAUGAUCAUGAGGAAGAUAGAGAGCUACUUCAACAGUCCAGUAGCUGAGAUACCAUCCUCGAACAGUGAAGAGGACUUCAAGGUUGCUCUCAAGGCAGCUGGUUUGCUGUGA